AUGAACCAGUUUUGGAAAACUCAUGAGACCCAGGACAAGAGUGCUACUGCUUCACAGUGCCGCAACUCGGAUUGUGGAGGGCUAGGCAUCGCAAAGCACGAGGAGUUUGGUCAUCAUGUAUCGUGGGGAGAAGUGUUUCAAAGGACUCACACAAAGCCAGAUGGAACAUUUGUUGAUUUCAAAGCUCAACAAGUUCAUGAGGCUUAUGAGAAGCAACUGAAUGAAGCUAUGUCGGAGGAAGAUCUUCAAGGGCCUGGGAUUUCAGGGAAUUCUUCUCAACGCUCUACUCAGCGGACACUAACCAUCGAGGAAAAGAAUGAGAUAUUCCGCAAGUGUACACAGACUGAUCCGAAAGGAAUAAUAUUUGGACUUGGGGAACUACCUCUGAUGGUUGACAGCAGAAAGGGGAAAGAAAGCUUUGCAAGGUCCACUGUGCCGGAAUUUUCACAGAUCCAAGACCAACUACAUGAAGCUCAGCGUAAGAUUGAUGCUCAAGAGGAGAAAAAUGCUCGGCGUGAUGAGGAACACCGCAAAGCUCAGGAAAAGAUCUCUGAAAUGUCAAAGCUUCUAAGGUACUUGAAGAACAAAGAUCCCCUCAUCGCAGAAUACAUGGAUAAACAAGAUGAGCAGGAGAACAGUCCCACCGACGUACCAGCCUCCGCACAAGACAAGGAACCAGGCAGCACACCACUUGACCCACCAGCAUCAACCACCGCUUACUCUCCCCUUAUCUCAAACAUGAACUUUUUAUUUAUUUUUUUUGGAUUUUAUUAA